AUGCCCAAGCCCCCGCUUCCCUUGGACACGCUUCAAGAAUGCAUCAAGGCCACAUUCUCCCCAUGCACGCUCACCGUGCUCGUCGAAGACUCCGCAGACUCGCCCAUCCCCAUCCUGCCCGGCACGAGCGUACGUGAUGGAGACCGCGCUGCCCGAACUCGAGCUGUCUACUUUCCUCGCCGGCCUCUUUUCCACCAAACUCGCUGGGACGCUCGAGGCGACACUGCGGACGAUGGUGCUCAUGCCGCCAAACGGCGCGUUCCGGCGCCUCGGGCUGCUCUCGACUACUUGCUUGCGUCCUCUUUCAAGGCCGAUCUCGAGCACGUUAUACGACACCACGUGGUCAUCGGUGUCGAGUACGCGGACACGCUUAUCGAGGACUCACAGCGCACAUUCGCAACACUUGAGGGCUCGAACCUACAGAUCGAACAACGGGGGGUCUCGGACAUCCUCAUCCCGCGCUCGGUACACCUCGUUGUCGGCAAGCUCGUCAAGGCCGGGAAAGCUACCACGAUGACAACAUUGCUGGUCAAGGCCGGACUCGGAUGGGUCUUGAAUGGGACGGCACCGCCGGAAGGCUCGCGCUGGGUGGACAUGAGUCUGAGCGGCACCGGAUGGACACUUCUCUGUCCACCAUAA